GACACAGAGACUCCAGAAAAGCCUGAACGUCACGCAUCACGAUAGAAAGUACCUGCUGCGUAACUGUCGCGCGUGCUGGCUCGUCUAGGCAUACUUCACGACUAUCUGGAGGUCCUAGCUCCUCCAAGCUCUUACAGUAGUAUUUCUACCUCAGGCGAUGCAGAACUGCUUGCGUUAGGUAGGCGUGUUCUUCGAACGACCACGUUACGCUGCUUACUCUACGAGUGUCGCAAAUAAAGCCCCGUCAAACAGUGCCCGAGUAUUGCACAGUUAGUGAUAUAGGUAUCUUACGAGCUCUAAAAUUUCCUUAGCCCAAGCCAGCGCUUUUCCGCAUCGCCCCACGACUCUGCGAGAGUCAUGGCGCAUCGCUCUAGCCUAGCUUUCCUGGCGUGCCUUCUCGUCCUGGCCGUCGCAGCCAUAGGCGCCGUUCCAGGCGCGCUUGGUAGGCAUUCCAUGGCCGCGCCUCUUCUGUCAACUCAGCUCGAUGCAAGCGCGGAGAUGAGUGCCAGAGAGCUUUUAUCGAGGUCGGAUUUCGCGAGCUCGUCCGUGAAACCCCUGACGACCUCAAGCAAUAAAUCCCCCACGAAAUCCCCCCCGAAAUCCCCCGCGAAAUCUCCCGCGAAAUCCCCCGCAAAAUCUCCCGCGAAAUCUCCCGCGAAAGACUCAUCCCCGCCAAAGAGCUCCUCGCCACCGAAGACAAGCUCCCCGCCAAAGAGCUCCUCGCCACCGAAGACAAGCUCCCCGCCCAAGGGUAAUAAGCCAGGGCUGAUCAAGCGGCUGAUUCCGAAGCGGAAGAAGAAGGCGGAGAGCGGCGACUCGGGCCCCAAUAUGGUGAACCUCGCUGACGCGCAGAAGGUGUUCAACCUGGUGAUGUCGCUGAGCAAGCAGAAGCAAUUCGUACAGUUCUUCCAAAAAGCAGGUCUGCUGCAGACGCUCCUCGAGGCGAUUGUCAAGGCCGGCACCAACGGAGCCACGUUCCUCGUGCCGUCCCCCGACGCGCUGCAGGCGCUGCCGCCCGCGUCGCCGUACAUCAGCAAGCCGGGUCUCGCGCGCACGACGCUGCGUUACCACAUGAUUCUCGGGAACAAGUUCGACUACACGAAGCUCGUCGAGUUUUCUGCUAAUAGAAAGUUCGCGACGCUCGCGAAGGAGCCCGUGUUCAAGUCGGAUCAGAGCGCGUUUUUCACCGUCGUCUUCCGGUCGGGCAGCGGGCGGUCGACGUCGACCAUGAUCGCGCCCAACCUCGCCAACACCACCUCGUUCCAACUCCACCUCGUCGACUCGCUCCUCAUCCCCGACGACGUGUACCGCGCACCGCCCGCGGACGGCGGCGGAGACGACGGCGGAGAUGGGGACGCGUCACCGCCUCCCCCUUCCCCUUCCCCCCCCCAGUCUCCGCCCACGUCUCCGCCCCAGUCUCCGCCCCAGUCUCCGCCGCAGUCUCCGCCUCCGACCCCCCCCGCUUCCCCCAGCCUUCCGCCUCCUGUUGUUAGUUCCCCCCCUCCGCCCACGCCGGCUGCCACGUCACCUCCCCUUGCUACGGCAUCUCCUCCCCCCGCUGUUACCGCCUCGCCCCCACCCCCCACGCCGUAGCGUCCCCACGUCCCCCGACUGUCUGACCUGUGAGCAUUUUGGAAGGUUACCACCUGUGUGGGCGUCCCCGGUUCCACCUCCCGCCGCUGUUACCGCUUCACCCCCGCCCCCCCUGCCGUAGCGUCCCCACCACCCCCGACUGUCUGACUUGACCAGGUGGCGAGGCCACAUCGCCCGUCUCCCCGUCCCCCUCUCUCCCGCUGUCGCCGACCCUCCUGUGGUUACCACAUCGUCUUCGCCUUUCUAGGGUGCUGUAACAUGUCGUCAUCCCCUCCUUCCACAUCGGUUUUGGCUCCUGCUGCUGCUGCUGCUUCUGGGGUGCUCCUUAGGGACAGCUGGAGCAGCAGCUGAUGCCAUUGUCGGGUCCGGAAUGCCCCUCGUACACGUGACUCUACACUGGGGGCCUAUGAAUAAAUACGUGUAUACUCCUUUUGAAAUGAUUGUAUUACAUGCUUAACAA